GUGGAGGUGAAAUGCAGACAGUGACAGAAAAAUAAAGCUGACAAAACACAUGCAAAUGCACUGGUGAUUUCAACACACUCCUACAAAAUCAAUUUAUAAAGUAACUGAUUUACAUCCUGGUUAAAAGGUAAAUUUAGCUCUGUCUGUAGAACAGUGCUGACAAAUGCUUGCAAAAUCCAGGAUUGGGAAGCAGGAGAGAACAUGAACGAAUAAACAUCUUCAGGAAGUAGAAACAAUUUAUGUUUUAUUGAAAAAAACAACUUAUCACUGACGAAGCAGCAUUGGAAAUUGAAUGUCAUAAUAUCUUUAUUAUUUGGUGGAAGAAUUGAAUAAGGUGAGUAAGUUAAAAUUUGUCAUUUUGUGAACGUUUUACAUUUUAUCUCUGUCACAGACUGUUCAGUAUAUCAUUAGGCCUCCCUUAAGAAUAACGGAAGAAAAGAUUUCUCUUUAUUCCCCACAUCACUUUUAUGGUGAGACAGGUGAAACGGUAUAAUGUAAGUAUAUCCUGAGAAAACUGCCUAGUUCUUUUUAAAACUAUUAUUGUUACUAUGAACAUGAUCCAAGACUCAGUUCUGCUUGCUAUGUUGUUUCCAUUGCUAUUGCUAUAUUGUAAAGAGUAGCUUAGUGUGUUAUGUUUGUUUUUCUAAUUUGCCUGUCCUUCCAGAAAUAAUAUAAUAUGAAAUAAAAACUAAGAGAGAACAAUAUAAAGGCUUUUCUAAACCAUAAUGAAAUACAAGCUAAUAUAUGAAAGGCUAUUUGAUAUUAAUUUACACGUAUUCAACUAAGCAUUGACUAAGGUAAAAAUCUCCAGUUUUGCUUCAUUACUAAAAAAUGCUGUUUAAUGAGUGAACCCCAAAUAGUCUGGGAUGAUAAAUACAGUGGAUUUCAUUAUUGGAAUAUUGGGCUUUUUCCCCCUUAUUGAUCACUUAUUUAUUUGUACAAUAACAAUAUUAAUAAUUAAUUGAAUUAUCAGCUAUACAGUAAUUUCUAUAUUAUAAAACUUUUAUCUGUCAUAAUUUGCCUUACAUUUUAUAAGCUUUUUGUUAUUUUUCUACUCAUUAAGCACUGAAAAUGGAUACAACCAUAAACAUACCCUUUCUGUUAAAAAAAAACACACCAAACACCAUCAAAAUAACUGCACGCUUUAGUGGUUAGGUUACCAGGAGUUUCCUCGCUCUACUUAGUGUAACUAGUCAAAAACUAUUUUUGAAUAGCUGGACUUAUUACCUGAGGUCCAUUGGGCAUUUCUCCAGGUCUCCACUACUAAGACUGAAGAGCCAGAAUUUCCUAAGCUGAAACUUCAGUUAGCAAUGACUUAGCUCAUUGGUUGAGAAUGGUCCACUGGGCACCACUCCUCACCUCCAUUACUAAUGCUAGAGAACCAGAAAUUCCAAGGAACUUUCAUUAACAAGGGCUUAACUCAUGGUUGAGGGUAGUAUAUAUAGUAGGGUAUCAGACUCUAAAAUCUCCAUCCCAUAUAGAUGCAAAAACAACAUUGACUGGUAAUAUUAACCAAGUACAUAGGGAAAACCAAACAUAACCAAUUUAAAGGCUCACACCCUUCAUCAAAAUGUAUAUUUUCUAAAUGGUUCUUAACAGUCCCACUUUAUCUUAAAGAGCCAGUGAUCACUGAAUGUUUCUUAGGGUUAUCGCUUAACUCUAUACAGCCUAUAAUCUUUAUCCCUAGUAAGCACUUGGAUUCUGAACUGCUCGUCAGUUUUCCAUUGAUAAUAAAAUGACCAAAAUGAUUCUCACAAUACAGUGGAAUUUAAAGUGAACCUGUAAUAUAGACAAUCAAAGCUCACAGAUACAUCAGAAGAAGUUACAUCAUCCAUCAUUUUCAUUUAUCUUACAAUUUAUUGGUCAGUAGACUUGUGCAUUUUGUUUCUCCCAGAUUGCAAUUUGUCUGAAUUUUGGGCCACCGGUGGGUCGCCAUAUGACUGAGAUAUGAAACAAUGGAAAUGGACAAUGGAAUAGCUGAUUCGUUAAUUUGUGAUUUAGAGUUCUGCCUGUGGUGCCAGAAAAAAGGGCAGCCACUAAAUUAUAAAAAAUAAAUAAAUGAAUACAUAAAUAAACCAGAGAUCAGCCAAACUGAACCCUUAUUCACAACCAAAUGCUCAACUGUAGAUGUAGACUGAAUCUGAACUGAAUUUAAAUGAUAAAAUACCAUCGUUUAUAAUUUGGUUGACCGGAUUUCAACCAGAUUUAGCAUCAUGAAAUAAGAAGGGCUAAAUAUAUCGAUAAUAUCACAUGUAAAUAUUAUGUAUUAACGUAGUAGUCCACCGAUUUGCCAAUCUUUGUAUUCGUUUGGUUUGCCCAAUUAGUUUUUUUUUCAGAAUUCUUUGCAUGGAUGAAUUUUAGAUGAGCUGUUCCACCACAUGGCCGAAAUUAGGCGAACCGAACAUUUUGUUUAGACAAAUCGAUUUGGGUGAAACUAUUUUUUCUGUCAUGCACAGGUCUACUGUUCAGAAUGCAGCACUUGUUCUGCCACAAAACACCCUUGAGUGUAUGUUAUUUUCUUUUUCUCAUAAAUAUACAUUUACAUUAAUUUAACAGCACAGUAACCCCGUGAGAAUACAAAGCAAUGGAUUCUGUUCCACAACCAAUACAAGCUCAACCUCAACCUGAUUUUGUGCAGAUGAACAACCUGGCCAGUCAAAAUGUAGGGGCAAAGGUAAAUGACAAAAUAACUUACGUAUAUCAAUAUACAAUGUAUAUGUUAAAAUUACAUGAAUGUUGGGCAAUAAUAAAGAUGAAAUAAUUACGAGAAAAGCAUUAAUUAAACAUAUAAAAAUAAUUGUGAAGCUAAUAUGUAAGAGAUCAAAAGAAAUAAAAAAUAGAAAAGUUAAUUAUAAUAUCAUGGUAAUUGCACCCCCCACUAAAUGAACAAGGUCCAUCAGAAAGAUAGGCAGCACUCUAUGACCUUGUUCCUUUUGAGAUAAUACAUGAGUCCACAUGUUCUCCUGGCUAUUGGGUUGAUUUAUUCAUGUAAAGACAGACUUUCAUAUUCCUGUACAAAUUCUAUACAGAAGAUUGGAAAUAAUGAAAAAAAUAAUCCAAAUAUUGAUUUCCAUUAAAAAAAGAUGGUAGUUGACAAUUCCAUUAAAGAAUGUCAGCACUGUGAACACAGGACACCACUUAUUCCGAGCUUUAAGACAAAUGUGUGCUGAUUUGAUGUUGACAUAAAGCCUGCGUCAGGGCACAGAGGCAGCACAAUUGAUGUUACAUUUAUUGUGCAAUCUAUAUUAUCAAUCAUCAGCUAUUCCUGAUACAAAUGUUGUGGGAAAACUUCCAAAUAAAAACUUUUCAUAAAAACAACAAAAACAUUUACGGUUAUUCUUUGAAGUGAGAAUUCAAAGUGAAUUUCAAAUUAAAUGUAAAAAUAGCCAAACUGGGAAAAUUGUCCAAGUCAGUUAUGCUUUUAGUUUGGCUACUUUGUCCUUACUGAAUUGACUUUACAUUCUCUUUAGCAAAUAACCCUAAAUGAGUUACCGCUAAGUUCCAACGCAUUUCUCAGAACUUACACUGGUCAGUGGUUUCAAGUGAUCACUAAAUAUUUCAUAGAUUGAAACUCUUGUGACUUUUAAUCUGGGUGUUAUUUUUAUAAUAUGACUUUUUAUUUUCUUAAAGCAUAAACAGUAAAUUCAAAUUAAAUUAUUUUUUUUGGCUGCACUCUUCACACCAAAGCGGGUCUAUUUGUACCUGACUUUAACGUUUCAUUUGCUUAUUGCAAAACCUAAACUUUUUGAACUUAAUUGUCCCAAAGAGCAAAUACUCUGAUGGUCAGUUAAACAUUAUCAGCUAUGUAACAUAGGUUGUCAAGUAAAGAGAACUGCAAGGUUCACGGCGUAUACUUCAACAGUGGCUUAUUAAUCAGUUAAAUAUUAUUGCCACUGUUAAAAGUCCGCUUAUUUCAGGAUAACAAACAUAACAGUAUUGGUAGUUUUGUGAAAUAGUAUAUUUUCGAAAUUUAUAUUAAUAUUAAACAAUCUAAAUAUAAUAUUAAAUGUUAUAUUAAUAUAAAUGUAAUAUUAUUAUGAAUAUAUAUUCAUAGCACUGGGAGAGAUAGAAAGUUAAGUGCUAAAUAGAGAUGAGCAAACCCGAACUGUAAAGUUCAGGUUCGUACCGAACAUUACGAUUUUUUGACCCCGAACCCAGACAUUUCAGUAACAGUUCGGGUUCGAGUUCGGUGUUCGGCGAUUUAAUUGCGCGUUUUGAAAAGCUGCAGGACAGCCAAUCAACAAGCGUUUGACUCGUGUGCCCUUAGAAGCCAUCACAGCCAUGCCUACUAAUGGCAUGGCUGUGAUUGGCCAGUGCAGCAUGUGACCUAGCCUCACGUCACAUGAGCUCUUAUUAGCGUAGGGAGAGGAUGCUGCAGCUGUGAGGGACAGAUUAGGAAAGAAUUCUGGUAUUGAAUCUGCAAACUACAGCGAUUAUUUUUGUGGGUGCUAUGCUACAUUUUUGUACCCUUCCCUGAGCCCAGUGCCACAGAGAAAUAAACAAUCAGUCUGUUUGUUAGGUGGGCACUUGCAACUGCAUGUGUGCCAGGCACAUUACUUUAAUCCUGUUCUGGUAGCUUAGUAGGGAACAUCUAGGCAUUUUUAAAUACUGCUGUGACAUUGCAGUUUGACCAAUUCACAUUUUUUUGGUGCUAAAAAGUAAAUUUGGGGCAUGCACUUCAUAUCUGAGAGUCAAAUAGAACCGUCAAAUACUGUAGUUACGUAGCACUUUGAAAAAUGCAAUUUUUUUGGGUGCGAAAAAGUAAAUUUGGGGCGUGCACUUCAUAUCUGAGAGUCAAACAGAACCGUCAAAUACUGUGGUUACAUUGCACUUUGAAAAAUUCACAUUUCUUUGGUGCUAAAAAAUUUAAUUUGGGGCGUGCACUUCAUAUCUGAGAGUCAAAUAGAACCGUAAAAUACUGUGGUUACAUUGCACUUUGAAAAAUUCAAACUUUUUGUGUGCUAAAAAGUAAAUUUGGGGCGUGCACUUCAUAUCUGAGAGUCAAAUGGAACCGUCAAAUACUGUGGUUACAUCGCACUUUGAAAAAUUCACGUUUCUAUGGUGCUAAAAAGUAAAUUUGAGGCGUGCACUUCAUAUCUGAGAGUCAAAUAGAACCAUCAAAUACUGUGGUUACAUCGCACUUUGAAAAAUUCUAAUUUUUUUGGUGCUAAAAGUACAUUUGCGGCCUGCGGUGCAUUUCUUGCAGUCCAAUAAAACUGUUCACAUUUUUUGAGACAGUGAAGUAACUGUAUUAAUUACGUCUGUCACACUGUUGUGUGACCUCUAGAAUGUUUUUCUCUUUAGGACACCGGCACUGCCUUACUGUCAGUGGACUUAAUUGUUGAUUAUUGGCAAUUACAUUGUCACCUGACAUAAACCAUCUGUUAGUUUGGUGGGUGAACGCAAAGAAUAAGGAGAGCGACAAAUAAGGGACGUGGCCCUGGUCGUGGUACUGCUGGUGUUGGUGGAGCUCCUGUUGCAGGUAGAGGAUGUGGUCGAUCUGUGCCAGCUACACGCAAAAGUGAAACACCUUCCUCAGGUGCAAGUAGGCGACAGAACCUUCAGCGUUAUUUGGUGAGGCCAGAACAAGUAUGGGCGAUAGUAGAUUGGAUGGCUGACAGUGCCUCCAGUUCCUUCACAUUGUCUCCCACCCGGUCCCCUGCUGAACGAUCAGAGUUGGCACCUGCAGCCCAUGGCCAUCUGUCUUUCACCUCAGCCCCUUGCAAAUCCGCCAAGCUGUCUGAGCUACAAGUCAUGCAGCAGUCUCUUAUGCUUUUUGAUGACUCUGCUGGUGGGGUUUCCAUGGAACAUCCACCUAGCCCUGCCCCAGAAGUGGAGGAGAUUGAGUGCACUUAUGUGUCAGGAUGUGGACAUGCGAGGACCACCGCAGCACGUCUCUGAUGAUGACGAAACACAGGUGCCAACUGCUGUGGCUUUCUGCAGUGUGCAGACCGGCAAGGAGGGCAGGGUUGAGGAGUGGGUAGAAGAUGAUGUGGAGGAUGAUGAGGUACUAGACCCCACAUGGAAUCAAUCACUGACGUGUCCAGUUUGGAGGAAGAGGCGGUGGUCAUACAGAGGCACCAGCACAGCAUAAGAGGGAGCAGGGUGCAAAAGCGGAGCUGCUGUCCCCUAGACAGUACGCUUGCUACUGCCCACCACACACAGUGACUGAGCACACUAAAGCCAGCUCCAAGGAGUUCCCUGGCGUGUCAGUUCUUCAGACAAUGUGCUGAUGACAAGACACGAGUGUAUUGCAUGCUGUGCAAUCAGAGCCUGAAGCGAGGCAUAAACGUUCUAAACCUGAGCACAACCUGCAUGACCAGGCAUCUACAUGCAAAGCACAAGCUGCAGUGGAGUAAGCUUCCUCUUCUGCUGUUGUCACGGCCUCUUCCUCCACCUCUGGAAUGACAGUGGCACCUGCCAUCCAGCAAACAGAGGAUGUGGCAGCAACGCCACCAUGUCCGCCGCCUGGCGCAUGUGCUGAAUUUUGUGGUGCAGAAAUUCCUGAAAAACUACCCAGAUAUAUCAGAGCUGCUGCAGAAAGUGCAUGCCGUCUGUGCGUGCUUUCUGCAUUCUCACCCUGCUGCUGCACGCCUGUUUGCGUUGCAGCGUAACUUUGGCCUUCCCGCUCAUCGCCUCCUAUGCUACGUGCCCACAAGGUGAAACUCCACCUUGCACAUGCUGGAGAGACUAUGCGAGCAGCAGCAGGCGAUAGUGGAGUUUCAGCUGCAGCACGCACGGGUCAGUCGCUCUGCAGAACAGCACCACUUCACCACCAAUGAGUGGGCCUCCAUGUGAGACCUGUGUGCCAUGUUGUGCUGUUUCGAGUACUCCUCCGACAUGGUCAGUGCCGAUGACGCCAUUCUCAGCCUUACUAUCCCACUUCUAUGUCUCCUUGAUAAAACGCUUCGGGCGAUGAUGGAAGAGGAUGUGGCACAGGAUGAGGAGGAGGAGGAAGAGGGUUCAUUUCCACGGUUAUCUGGCCAGUCAUUCAAAAGUGGGUUCCUGCACCAGCAUAGGCCAGGUUCACAAUUGUCCAGCCAGAGCACAGUUCUGGAGGAUGAUGAGGAGGAGGAACUGUGUUUACAGCAGGGUGGCACCCAACGCAGCUUGUGGGCAUCGCUGGAGCAUGGCUGGGGGAUACGGAGGACACAGACGAUACACCUCCCACAGAGGACAGCUUGUCCUUGCUUCUGGGCAGUCUGGCACACAUGAGCGAUUACAUGCUGCAGUGCCUGCACAAUGACUGCCGAGUUUUUUAUUAUUAUAUUUUAAUAAUUAGAAAAAAGUUAUUUUAACGGUUUAAAUCAUUUGAAAGGCUUGUCCAAAUAUAUUAAAUCAGUGUCUUUGUCUCACCCAUCUUUUAUCCUCUCUGGCUUUGUGACUAGAGAGUGGGAUCAGUCUGAUAUGCAAAUGGUAUUGGUUCCCUUCAUAAUGGCACUAGUGGACAAAAACAUUUUGAGACCUGAGCGGGGACUAACAGAAGGACAAGCUACUGAGUUUCUCUAAGCUUUUCAUUCUCAGAAUUCUCAUAUUAUCUGUUAGUGUUGCAUUUGGCUCUCCCUAAUUAAAAAGGUAAUCCAGAUGUGGACCCGGUGAUCACUGUGUCUAGAGGGGUAUCAGCUACUGUUACACAUUGCUAAAAAGGUCCAAAGAUGUCUGAAACAACGUUCAAGGCUUUUUCCCAUUAUCAGAGUUCUCAAAUUCUCUAUUUUGCAAGGUUUUGUGACGAGGUCUGGGAUAUCGUAUUACAUGUAUGUUCAGAUUCUUAAUGUAACAAACAACUGUAUAAAAGUUGUACGACACUACAACGUGGAUAAUAAAAUGAAUAUGAUUAUAGAACCCCAUUAUAUUACCACUGCACUUGCAAAACAAACCAGAUCAAUCAUUUCUUUUUAUCUCUGCAGGUGUUAUUUGCAACAGAUGAUUGGUUUGCAGCCGCAGAAAAUCUUUUAAAAGUAAGGGGAAAAAAAUCAUAGUGCUUGUGAAAUUGGCAAACUUGUUUUGAAAUGCUGGUUUCUAAGAAGUCACCUGACACAACUGGUCUUUUAUCCCAACUCGGACAAAAUAGGAAAAAUAAGUAAUAUUUUGUAUCACUACUAAGAAAAUUUAAGUCACUAGCGCACUUUAGAUAUUGUUGAUAAACAAUGUCAUGUUUAUAUAAACACCAACAGCUUGAUUUUGAUAAUGAAAAUUAAAACUAAUUACGUUUAGUAUAUGCUCAAAUUAAAAAAUAAUAAUUACAUUUGCACUAUUGUACGUGUUUUUCACAAAAUAUGUAUUAUAGUCCCUGGUCACAGCUAUUUCAACUGCAAUAUUUAAAUAAUAACAGGUAGCUCUCCGGUGUAUAACACACUAAUUUGGGGCAGACAGGCGUGUAUCCUGGUUCUGCCCAAAGACUGGAGUCCCCAGAUUGCAUGGAGGUAAUCCUUGUAUCCACUGGCUUUGCAUCUUUUCCUAAGUUGUGUUUCAAAGCUGUUGUAUACAGCAAAACUUUUAACAAAGAAAAUGUGAUUCUUUGUUAAACUAAUUUGCAUAUGCCCACCCAGAAUCCUUUGCGAUAGUAACAUCACUGCAAAUUUGUGAUUUCUGUGGGAAAAGCAAGUCUUAUGGCUUGACUGGUGUGCAGAUUUUUGUUUAACAUUGUAUUAACUAACUAAGAAGGAGUUACUCUAAGUUGACCACUAAUAAGACAUGAAUAUUGCAUCCAAACAUGCACACACAUGCAUUUGUCUAUCAAAAUAUACAUAUACAUAUAUUGAAAUAUUAAAGAUGUGAUGUAUACAGCACAGUGUGCAAGAAGGCUGACAAGGAGCAAUGUUAUCUUUGUAGGGAUGUCAGCAGUCCAUACAGUCUAAAAGAUUUUAAGCCCGUAAAUUUUAGAACAAUAAAUGGACAGCAGGUUUGGUAAAUGUGCAAAAGCCUCAUAGAAACAGGAGAGUGAAAGAGUAAUGUGAGGCAGAAGGACAUGUGUGGACAUUGUAAUUUGUCUUGACAGAAAUGGGACACUUGGGAGGUAUUGUGUUCUAUAUAAAUAUGUAGAUACUGAAAAUAGAAAUCCCUUACCGUUGGAAUACUGGUUCCCCCAUAUUCUAAGUUUGAACACUACCAGGCAGACCUUUCUAAUUUGACACAUAGUGGUUGAAGGUAUGAGUAACAAUAUUACGUUCUGGCGUAUCCAUAAAUCUGUAUUCUUCAGAAAUCGGAUCCGGAAUUCAAACCAGGUCUCUUUACAGAGUUUGGCAAAUGGAUGGACGGAUGGGAAACAAGAAGAAAACGAAUUCCAGGUAAAAAAAAAAUCUAAUUAGUACAGAAUAGUACAAUCAUGCAAAAUAAUACUAGGCAUUGUAGAUAUGUGUGGACCACAUAUCUCAACAUACGUUCCCAGCCUUUUAGCCCAAACAUCUUCCAGGAUAAUGUUAUCUUUCACAGUUAAAUAUAUUUCCUUCCUCUUUAGGUCACGACUGGUGUAUUAUAGAAUUGGGAGUAGCAGGAGUCAUUCAUGGUCUAGAUGUGGACACACGUUUCUUCACUGGAAACUAUGCCCCUCGCAUCUCUGUCCAAGCUGCAUGCUUAAAGCCAGGUAACCCCUUAUGAGGGUGUAUUAGGUUUCACACAAGUUUUCUGCAAUUAAUUUUAAAUAUAUUUCAUCAAACUAUAUCAUAUUCAUCCAAAUAUCAAAUGUAUGUGUAUUUAUUACUAAUUGUUUUCUUGCUCUCCAUCUAGAAAACAUUACAUUGGGUCCAAGACUAGACAAAACUGGAACAGCUGCCUCGGAUGCAGAGUUAAAAGCUGUUGAACAGGUAUAACACCAAGAUAGCACCACAUGUUCCAGAACCUGUAUUUUAUUCAAUAUGAAAUAACUAGGAACAGUGUAAUGCAAAAUGUUCAUUUUGGUAAUUUGAUUAGGAAAGUGCAAUUUAAUACUUUGCUGAAUGGAAUUAAUGUUUGUAAAUACAGUAUUCUAUUGUACCUAUGGAUGAAGAAUACAGAAUGCUCAUAUGCUUCUAGUACAUUCUAACUUCCUUACUUUUUUUUUUUUUUUGCGAAAACCUUUUUUUAUUAGAGGGAGAAUAAGAUAUAGCAUAAAUAUAAAUAGUACAGUAUUAUCGAUACUGUUUGUACAAUAUUUUUGCAGUACAAUCAACCAAAUAAUGCAACAUAAAUGAGAUUGGUAGAAGUAGCUCGUAGGCCCACGAUAAAUUAUGCAAAGAGGAGGCAGUAAAUAAAUGAGUAAGUCUGUCCACAGAUGCAAGAAAAUGAGUAUUAGAGUCUAACAAGCCCAAACAUAUUCCUUACUGUUUUUUUUCCAUUAAUGAGCACCCAAAAGUGCGUAUGGAAUUAUCCAUUAAAAAGGGUUACUACAACCCUUAUAACUAAUGAGAUUUUGUUUUUUAACUCAUAAUACCCUAUUUUUUUUACUUACCUGUAAUCUCCCUUAUCCAUCCAGUGUCAUGGAAGCCCUCACGUGGAGCAACCAUAGGUAUCUUAUAAAGAAGCCGGUGAUUGUACCAAGGGAGAGAGUGGGGAGGCAAAGAGGAAGGAAGAGAUUUUUAUUAAAAAGACAGACAAAACAAAAUGGCUAUCAAUGUACAGAGGAAGGGGUGAGCAAAGCCUUACCUGCAAGGGAGAAUCUUAUGUCUGUUGCAAGCGCACUUACAAUAGAUAUAAAAUAUUCACAGAAUUGCAUAGAGUUGCAUAGAAUUGCACAGAGUUCUGAACUGCCAAAGUCAUGUGUGCCGAGGGUGUACAUAUAAAAUUAAAAUGGCUCUGUCACUCAUUUUUCCCCUCUUUCCUCUUCAAAAUGCCCUUUUUUGCAAAGUUAUACAUAACGAAAAGUUGGCAAGCUCCACAGCCUUUGUCAAUAGACCUGUAUAUACUAACCAAUAUACUAACCUACCUCCAGCACCAUAUCACCUCCUAAAGUGGCAUGUCACAGAUCCUUAGUGUUGAUUCUAGAACCAUAAUGAGAGUCCACACAAAUACAUAAAGCCGUAGUAGGUCAUGAGUAUGCACGGGAAAACAGGAAAAGGCAGAAGAUAUUAUUUCUGGAAACGUUAAGAUGCCAUCACUGAGUAAGAAGACCUGGAUGGACCAGAAAACCAACAAAAAUGGUGAGUUAAAGCAUUCCCACGGUCAAAAAAAGUUUGGGGAUUGGGUGGUGCAUCGCGUGGGAUAAAAGAAGGAAUCCUUUGAGUGAAAGCAUAGGGAUUCAUAAACUGAGAAGCCACUUUAAGAGUCUUACUUCUUGGUUACAGUAUUAUGAAGUCCAUUGGAUAACUGUGCUGUGUAAUGUGAUUAAUGACUGAGUUAGCCAAUAGUCACAUUUCACAUAGUGAGUUGUGAGAAGCAGAAGGACUUAAGUACUAGAACUAAAUAACAUUUAGGAAAGGAAUUUGAUAAACCUGAGAAAGAAGAGCCUUGUGUUUAUUUACACAAAACCACGAAAGCAGAAAUAGAGAAAAUUUUAUAAAUAUUUUCAAUUAAAAAUUAAAACAAAACAGAUCUUCUUUAAAUAUAAAAACUUGAGUACGUAGCACGGAACUGUCACUGUGCAAGCCUGUGUUUGUGUUAAAAUCCGUGCAAAAAAAAUCUCUUUCUGUUGAAUCAGCUUAGUGAAUUAGAGUCGGAGAAGAAAUGUGUAUCUACAGUUAGACUCUGGAGCUGUCUCCGAUCUGUCACGGAUAGAAUAUCUUUAGCUCUACUAAUCACCAUCAAUUAUAUGGAUGUAUGGCCACCAUGAGCUGUGCUAAAAUCCUCAGUGUAAGACAAUUCAAACUAAAUGGAAAUGUCUCAUACAUGUUUAAACCCUUAAGGACACAUGACAUGUGUGACAUGUCAUGAUUCCCUUUUAUUCCAGAAGUUUGGUCCUUAAGGGGUUAAAUAUCACUUACAUCAAGUUAGCAUCUGUCGCCAUAAUUCUUUUUGCACAGCAGUAAUAAAAAUUGUUAUAAACUUGUAAUUGUUAAAUAGUGCAGAACCAUUUGACAAUUUAUUGUAUACCUUUCUAUUAUAACUAUUUUAACAUAUAUUUUAAUGACUGAUGAUUAUGCUACUACUAUGUAUAAAUUAUUUUUUUAUGUUUUUCUGAAUCUAGUCAUCGAUAGAUGACAAGUUAAUGUUAAGUUUAUAAAUGUGUACCUCAGAUCUGACACCUUCUCCAUGGGUGAUUACAGCUUAAUGUAGUGGUUCUCGUGUCUAUAGUAUGUCUCUGCAGGCUGAGCACGGGUUGAGAAAAUGCAGUGUUUACAUUGCUGCCUAGUAACACCUCUAGUGGCAGUCACUCAGGUGCUUUCCAUUCCAGUGGAGCAUCUAUGAUCAGCGUCUUCACGCUCUGCAUGGAGGUGCUGAAUGCUGCCCAUAGAGAUACAUUGACUCAUUGAGGAUGUGCUGAUUGGUGCAGGGUGGUGUUUUGCUGCACAUGUGCAGUAGCCUCCCAAUACUCUAAUAUGGGAAAGCAUUGGAUUGGCUAAGAUCAUCAAGAUUGAUGAUCUCAGCCAUGGAGUCAGAGUUAGGCGGGGUCAGCCAUGGCGAGACCGGAGCUGCAUGGGUAAAAAGGUAUGUUUAAACACCUUUUAUUGGGAUGUAAGGGGGGCCGGGGACCGAUAUAGUUAGUUUUACACUAUAGUGUCAUGAGUACAUGUUUGUAUUCCUGACACUAUAGCAUUCCUUUAUACCUUUUAAUUGUAUAAUAUUUGUGAAAAGCUGUUGUUCCAGACAAUGUAUAUUCCAGUGGGCCAUAUUGCACAUUACCUAGAGAAGACGAAAUGCAAAUCCAGAGUUGGUUUCCCUGAGGAUUGGCAACUACAGAUGUAAAACUUCGAAAACUGUCAUUUUUUAUUGUUACUGAAAAUUAAAGAUUAUUUAUAAUAUACCCAAUAUUUUAAUUAUUCUGUUAUGCAUAAACAUAAAUUAAAGGGGUACUAUAGGCAUCAAAACAACUUUUGCUUAACAAAGUAGUUUUGGUGUACAGAUCAUGCCCUUGUAGUCUAACUGCUCAAUUCUCCACAAUUAAGAAGUUAAAUCACUUUUGUUUCUGACUAUGUACCCCAAGCCCUCCAUUGGCUGUGACUCACAUGAAAAAAAUGGUUUACUUGUUAAUCAGAUGCUAACUUACUUUAGAGGUUGUAUCUCCUGCACUGUAAAUUUAACUUUAAUCACUCAGAGGGUAUACAAUGCUAUUAACAGAGUAGGAGUUUAGAAAUUCUAAAUUAAACAGAAUGUGUAAUAAAGUAAGUUUAAUUACUGCAUUCAGACUACUUCAAUGACAUAAAGUUGCAAAGACUUUUGUCUGGUAAACUUUGCUUUCCGGUCUAAAAGAUAAACUAAAGGUAAACUAAAAGAUAUUUACUUAGUAUGUAUACACUACAAAAUUAUACACACAACUGCUAUAAAACAUGUAAUCAUUCAUUUUAAAUAACAAUAAAACAUGGUGACCUUUUAACUUUUUACCGAACUAUAAUUUAUCUAGUUUUAUUCUAAAAAUCAUACUUGUUAAUCUUUUUUUUUAUUUAGCUUCGUUCUGAGAAAUGGGAUUAUCUUCUCAAAAUGGUGGAGCUUAAACCAGGCUACCAAGAAUCAAGCCACAGCUACUUUCAUGUUACUUCAAGGGAGAGAUGGACUCAUAUCCGGUUAAAUAUCUACCCAGGUAAUUCCUGUCACAUUGUAUUAGAUAGAAUUCUUGCUUUGGGUACAGAAAGCAAAAACCUUAUGAACAGUGAAUAUACCUAAUAAAAACUUGCCUAUCACACAAUCAGUAGGAUUAAUACUGAUGUUUCCUGAAUAUUUACUCGCAGCAAUAAAAAUUUAAAAAGUGGUUAAGAGACAUCUGGUUACAUAAAAGUUCUUUAUUGACAUGCAUUUUUUUCAUGUCAACAUUUAUGCCAAACCGAUAAAUAACUUUCUAUGUUGCAUUGUUACUUUCAUUUGUUUAAGAGAUGUUGCCCUGAAGUACAUGUUGAACAUUCCUGGGAAUUCAAAGUGAAUAUAAAAUUAAUUUAAAAUUGAAAGACCACAAUAGCCAAAUGGAAAACAGAAAAUUAAGUCCACAAGAUAUGUACCAAUAGAUCUGAAUGCUAGAAGAUCGACCUAGCCUUGGGACCGGUCCUACAGUUUGUUGGGCGGAUGGAAGGGAUGGCAGCUGCAGUCUGCCCAUCCGAAGGGUCCGGUACCAAUGACCAAAUUGGUUUGUUACACAGUGCCGUCUGCUUUCCACUGGAAUGCACGCCAAUUUGGUAGUUGGUGCCAAACCAUUUGGGUGGGCAGACUGUAAAACUUAUUCCCAAGUUGGGGUUGAUCUCUUAUUUGGAGAUCAGCAUUCUUAAAUCAGCAUUCAGGCCUUUUUGUGCAGACGUUACGGACUUUACUUUCUGCUUUCCCACAUUAUAUUUAGAGAAAAUUAAGCCCAAGAUUUCAGAUUCGCAAUUCUGACUUAAGUAAAUAAACCUGUGGGUCUUUAGUCUUACUUUUCGUUUGGUCAGUCAUCAUUAUAUGUGAUAUAUUAUUCCCACUGUAUUAAAGGCAACUAAUGCUUCUUAUGUUUACUGAUACAGAUGGUGGAAUAGCUCGUUUUAAAGUUUAUGGCAUUGGACAAAGAGAAUGGUCAUCAUGUGGACCUAAUGAUUUAGAAGAUUUGCUGUCAAUGGUCAAUGGCGGUGUCUGUCUUGGUUUCAGUGACGCCCAUUAUGGACACCCCCGGAAUCUCAUAGGUACAACACUGAUCAGAUUACAAUGUCUACUUCCAAUUCUAAUUCUGAGACAUUCUACUAAUAUUAGAAACUAAUGAGACUGGAACAAAUUAUAAAUAAUAGCAUGUAAGUAAUGUAAAUAUGUCCAACCCAGCAAAAGGAAUGUGUAAUUAAUAAAAUCAUUUGCUGAUUUACCUUUUAGUUGCAAUUCAAAGCAGAUGUAAUUGUAGUUUAACAUUUUAUAAAUUGUAGCAAAAUUAAUAUCUCAGAAGCUAUUUAAAAAAAUAGGCUCUCCUUCAAUAUAUUUCUGGUAGAUAUAAUUAGCCAAAUCUCUCUUAUUAUUAUUUUACCAUACUCUAAUUGGUAAUGCCUAAUACACAAUAAUGGCAUUUGUCUAUAAUUUUUGGAUAUGCUUUUCAAAUGGUUUUAUAUUUUUAUAUAAACUUUUAAAAUAAUUUUAAAAACUUUUAAAAUGAUUUUAAAACAAAGUUUAAUUAUCAAAAAUAUAUCAUAUUAAAAAAAUGUAUCAAUAUUUUUACAAAAAAUAUUAAAAUAUUUUUCAAAAUAUGAAUUUAUUUGAAAAGCUUAUCCAAAUAUAUUACAAUGUGUCGUUAAUGUGCUACGCAUAACAUUAUACAUGAUGUCUUUCGCUUGGCAAAAAACUCAUAUAUACUUUUCAGGUUACAGAUAAAUAGCAGUUUACACAUGUCUUUAAAUCUAAUUAUGAACCAUAUGAAAAAUGGAAAUAAAUAUAUAUAGCACUUGAAAAUUAUUUACUCAACAGGAAGUAAAAUAACUCAUUGCAAGUUUCCGAGAUGGAUUAUUGGGAUACUCAUAUGGUCAGAAAGAAAAAAACAACAUUCAAUCUGUAUCACAAAAAAAUAAAUGAUGUAGUAAAACAUAUUUGCUCUUAUGUUUUAUUGGAACAGUAGGUGUGGAAUAGUAAGGUCUGGAAUUUUUUUCAGCCAUUCUGUACAGUCCCACGUAUAAUAAAAAUGUGAAGAAGAAAGGGUGGUAUAAUUUAUCACUUUUCAUGCAUUAUUUAAUUGGGACUAUGCUCUUCUUUCCCACAGAUUUAGUAGUGAUGCAGACAUCUUUAAGCCAUAUGCAGGAGCAAGGAAUAUAUGUGCAGAUGACCCUUGUUUCAUAUGUGACACAGUUACUGAAGAAUCUCAACAAAACUUUAGGAUAAACAUAAAACUACAAUUAAAAAUUACCCAUAAACAUCCAUGUCUGUAAGAUAAGCAGUUUCAUAGUUUCUUUGUGGGAGGGCCAAUAUGUCUCCAAGAGAAUCGAACACCAAUAUAUAAAAUGCUGGCCAACGAUCUUAUAUUAUUACAAAGAAUGCAGCUGGAUUGUCAUAUGUCCUAAAAUUGUAUAUAUUCUGGUAUGUGGGAAGAUUUCUAGUGUCCAUUAUGAACUGGAUUGCACCAAUUCUUUCAGGGUUGGGAAGAGCAGAAGAUAUGGGUGAUGGCUGGGAGACAGCAAGAAGACUGGAUAGGCCCCCAAUCUUAAAGGUAAACUUUUAUUUCUUAAUUAUGAAUUGGUGUUUGACACAAUAAUGGGAUAAAAAGUAGAGGGGUAGAACAAUCCUGGUGCAAAAAAACCCCUUUUUUUCCAGUGUACUAUAUCAUUUCCCAUUUCCAUUUAUACACUUUCAAGUACAAAAUAAAAAACAAAUCUAGAAAAAUAAGCGCAUCCAUUUGGAUAUUAUAUCUAUACAGCAAGCAAUAGCUAAAAGGUGGAACUGUGUUGUACUUACUAUGACUUGAAGCUGGCAAAGCAUCAUGGGACUUGUAUUUCUAAAACAGCUGGGGACCUCACAUUUUGUCACCCUUAUUUUAUAGCUUGCAUCGGUCUUUUAGAAACAGAAGACUAAUAGUGACUAAUUUUUAAAUUCUGUCACACAUAUAGAGGGGUUAAAGAAUACAAAUUGUAGAGACAUGUAAAGGGAAUCUGUUUAGACUGGGGAGACAUGAAAUAGAUGGGAAAUAGAUGGGAAAGCAACACAGACUGGGUAGACAUUUUGGUGAGAAUAAAGACAGACUGGGCAGACAAUCUGGGGAACCAAGACUCUGUCAGGGCUAUUAGGAGGAAAGAGUAGGCUUAUAAAGGAAACUAGACUAAGGUAUCAAGAUCUGACCCCUAACUGCUGGAGUAGAACAUAAAGUCAGAUAAAGUCAGAUAAAGCCAUAUAAACAGACCUUAGGCCAGUAUGACAGCGAUAGUAAACUUCCCAGGGUUUGGUUCGGGCAAUAAACAAGGGAUAGUCAUUUAAUGAGCUUAAAAAAAAAAUGUUCAGAAUCAAGUAAUAUCACAGGAACACAGUAGCACAACAUGCUCUGAAGGGAAUACAACUAAUGGACUUAGAUAUGAGAGGGCUUACUAAUUAUAGUCCUUUCCCACAGUUUAUCCAAUUGUCAAUUAUUUGUAAAACACUAGGUCUAAAGUGACGCAUUUACUGCGUCAUUGGAGUGUGUCGUGUCAUGGCAAAUAAAUAUAUUCAGAUAUUUAUGUAUAUGUCACAACAGAACAUAACUAUCUAUUCUCCUUUUUUUUUUUCCGCCAUGCAGCCAUUUAAUUAAUAACAUAAUAAAUACAUAUUUUCUUUCAGGCAGACAGUAAAGGAAUUCUCCAAGUACCUGGAAAUGAAUGGGCCAUAUUCAGACUAGGCCAUCCGGGAUUAAUUACACAUAUUGAAAUAGAUACUAAUCACUUCAAAGGUAUAAAUGUUGGACAUCAUAUGAAUAUUUAAAAUGGGAUUUUAUUUUUAGAUGUUUUAGGCCUGCAAUAUCCAGUUAAUAAGUUUAUUAUACCUUAUCUACCUUAUAUUUGUGUUGGGGAGCAGGGGGUUCCUGACAUGUAAAACCACCCUGAGCAUAGACAAGCUUUUGGUGUCAGCUUUUUAUGUUGUUGUCCAUGCCUAAUUUUCAAGUAUUCCCCUCUAUUUGCCCAGCACGAUCUUACUCUGCCUCUGGCCUUUUGUUUAGGCAUUUACCUAGAACCUGUGUAUGAGUGGAGGAAUUAGUAGCGCCUUUGAGGAGUUCUCAAAUGUUGGUAGAUAAGUAAUUAAGAAGAAUACAAUGAAAUAUAGUGCAGUAUAUUUGAUACAAGUGGGUGGAAGAAAAAAGAAAAUGCGCUUAUAACGUGUAGAGCUUGAGGUUGCUCUGCUUGAAUGCACCUAUGCGAUAAAAUCCAAGUUUAGGGAUAUCUGGUGUAUUCAAGUGCUCCAAGGUAGUAUGUAAAAUAAACAGAAGAUAAAAUGCCAAUCUAGCUCAGUAUGUCUUGGUAUUGAGGUAGAGUAAAAACCAAUUAAGAAAUACCCUCACACUUUAUAGAGCCUCCAACAGGCUCUCAGAAAGCAGCAUAGAAAGGUAUAACCCGCACUUACGGAUAUUGUUAGCUGGUGGAAGGUCUUGUGGUGUAUUAUGUGGAUAAAAACAGAAAUAAAAAUAUAUUGCUCACUGUUAUGCAUAAACAAUGAUAAAAAUAUUUCGAGAGCUACUCACUAGUGGGAAGCAAAAUAGAGGCUCAGUCCAAAGGAAUAGGAAAUCAAAGUAGAAAAGUAGAAAUCAGGGCAAGUCCAGGGGUAUUUGAAAAAAAAAAAACUAAUUUAUUUAACAAGAUUAUUUGUUAAAAAAAUAAAUGAAAUAGUAAAAGCAAUACAAUAAGUAAUAAACACUGACGUGUUUCACCUUCAACAAGGCUUUUUAAAAUAUUUUUUUAUUUUAUAUCUACAAAUUCUUCAAAGGCACUACUUCCUCCUCCCAUCAUACACACCGUUUCCAGACCAGAACAGGGAGACUGCAGUUUCCACCUGUUUCAGGAUACAUUUUUAGCUUUCUCUUUUUUAUCUCCAGUAGCUCUCAAAUUUCGUAGGAUUUGGCAUACAGAAUAUUCAACAAGUUAAAUUGUGCUAGAACCAGUGAUAAUAUGGUUCCAAUAUUGAAUGCAUGCUGUUCUGGUUGUGAAUGCGAGUACUAUCCAAUAGUAUGUAUGUGUAUACAUAAACUGUAUAUAUUGUACAGUAUAUAAUGUGUGAAAAUGUAGUAAUUGUUUUUUUUAAUUCUUAUUACAUGCCAUAGGUAAUUCCCCAAACUCUUGUAAAAUUGAUGCUUGCAUCCUGCUUCCAAAAGAGGAAGAAGACUGCAUUCGAAAAAAGUGGGGGGUCAAACAAGGGCAUAACUGGAAACCACUUCUUCCUGUUACCAAGGUAAGAACACAAUGUGAUGUGAAUUUAAGCUAAAGUAGGAAGUAUAUUUUAAAAAGGCUAAGAAAAAAUGCUGAUAUUUAAGCAUUAAAAAAAGGAAAUGGAAAAUGGCAUACAAUUAAUCAUAUAUUCACUAACCAUUGGAGUUUAUUUAUUAAACAGAGAAUUCUGGUGAAUUAAAAAAAAUAAUAAAAAAAUCAUUUAGCAAAUUGAUUUCAAUUCAUCAUCAUUCCAGUGCAGUUUAUAAAUCCAAGUGAAUUAUGAAGAGCUGACAAUGAAUUUGCAAAAUGUAGGUCAAAAUACUAAUUUUGGGGAAAAUAUCGCAGACCCUCAUAAAUUUGUCUUAUGCUUUGAGAGCUUGAUUCUCUCAGAGGAGAUCUUUGAAUCUAAACAGAUUUUGGUUUGGAUUCAAUUCAAUUCUUCAGAGUAGCAUGGUUGUACAUUUAAUCUAGACACAAACAUAUACAUGCUCACAGAGACAUACAUCCCCACACAAGGAUAAUCACUGUCAGACACAUGCGCAUACACAGGUAGACAAUUCCUGACACACUCAGAAGAAAUACACAUAGCCAGAUACACAUUGUGACUGCAUGUCUGUAUUUGUCAAUGUGUGUGUUGCUGUGCAUUUUUUUGUAUGUGUAUUCAUGUGCGUGUAUCAGAGUGUAUAUGCGUUUGUGUAUAAGUUUGCAUAUGUGUGCGUGUAACAACAUGUAUAUUGUGUGCAAGUAUAAGUGUGCGUGUGUGUCUAUGGCUGCAGUGUGAGUGUGGUAUGGUCAUGGGCGUACACAGGCUCCUUUUUGCAGGGCUGGAUUAGGGACACAAAGCAGCCCUGAAAAUAAAUUUAUGCCAGCCCCAUAAGUCAUUGUGCCAUGUUGUAUGUGUGUAUAUUUAAACUAUUAUGUAGUGAGCAUGUGUGUGUGUGUCAGUGAGCUUGUGUGUGUGUCAAUGAGCUUGUAUGUAGUGAUUAUGUGUGUCAGUGAGCUUGUCUGUAGUGAGCGUGUGUGUGUGUGACAGUAAACUUGUCUGUAGUAAGUUUGUCUUUGUAUACCAAUGAGUUUGUCUGUAGUAACCUUGUAUGAGUGUCAGAGUUUGUACUAGGUUUGUGUGUGUGUACCAGUAAGCUUGUCUGUGUGUGUCUGUGAGAUUGUCUGUCAGUGAGCCUAUUUCUGUGUAUCAGUGAACUUGUGUUUUUAUGGCAAUGAGCUUAUGUGUAUCAAUGAGAUUGUCCUCCUCUGAGCCUGUGUAUUAAUGAACUUGUGUACUUGUGUCAGUGAGAUUGUCUGUGUCUUCAGUGUCUGCAUGUGCAUAUGCUUACUGUAUAAUUAUAUUUUUUACACUGACAGAACCAAUAUUUUGAAUUAGAAAAAGAAACAUACCAAUACUUUAUCUACAUACAAUAUAUACUAUAUAUAUACAUUAUAUAUACAACUGACACACACAUGCUCCCUAGAGACAAACUUACUGACACACACAUGCUCACUACAGAAAGACUCACUAACAUACACACAAGCUCACUACAGACAAGCUUACUGACAAACACAAGCUCACUGGCACACACUCAUAUGCUCCCUACAGACAAGCUCACUGACACACUUGCUCACUACAGACAAAAUCACUGACGCACACACACACACACACACAAGUUCACUACAGACAAGCUCAUUGUCAACCCUCUCCUAGUUGGUCUUCCCAAAAACCAUAUUGCCCUGCUACAGUCUGUAAUGAAUGCUGCCGCCAGACUGAAUUUCCUCUCUAGUCUGUCCUCUCACACCUCACCCCUCUGUCAGUCCUUACAUUGGUUUCCUGUAUCCUAAAGGAGUCAAUGCAAAGUGCUAACCCAUACCUAUAAAGCAUUGACCAAUUCUAGCCCCUCUUAUAUCUCUUCACAGAUCCAUAGGUAUGCCCCUUCUCGAUCUCUCCGCUCUGCCCGUGACCUUCUCCUGUCCAAUGCUCACACGCAUACGGCCAACUCACACUUGCAGGACUUCUCGUGGGCGGCUCCCUUUCGACGAAAUAGCCUGCCGACCACCAUCAGACUUUCCCCUAGUCUUCAAUCAUUUAAGAAGUGCCUUAAAACAUAUCUCUUUAGGAAAGCUUAUGGCCUCCCAAAGUUACCUCUACCUCACAUACCUGUCUCUUGCUCUCUCUUAAAGGGCAGCACUCUACUCUGUCCUCCAGCUCUGCUUCACUCCGAUCUUAUUUGAUUGCUAUUUACUGUCCUGUUGUGUUUUACACCCCACCUCCUAUAGACUGUAAGCUCGUUUGAGCAGGGUCCUCUUCAACCUAUCGUUCCUGUAAGUUUUCUUGUAAUUGUCCUAUUUAUAGUUAAAGCCCCCUCUCAUAAUAUUGGAAAGUGCUACAGAGUGUGCUUGACUAUGCAAACAAGGUGGCUUCGACACUGGAGGUGAACAGCAGCACUGGUGCUCCGCCAAUGCUGUCUGUGUUCCGAGUAUGUAAGUCACCCACCGCCCCAGCGGAUACACCCAGAGAUAUUAUUGCUAUCAAUAGGGAUAUCUCAACCCUGUUGGCUUGCUCCAGGAAUACUCCCAUGGUCAAUUUGGUAAACAGUGCAAUUAAUGUUUUCGACGACUUACUAUUUUCGGUGCUGGUGAACGGAGAAGAUUUUCACCAAUUACAAGAAGGCUAAGAGAGAGUGGCAUUCGCUACAGUGUUGGAGCAUCUGGGACACUGUUAACACCCCAUAGGGAAACAGUACUGACACUGUCAGCCGAUGAGGACCCAACGUCAGUCCUACAUACCCUGCAGAUGCCUCCUUUGCCGACGGUGCCACCGAGGGUGCCUGUGGUCCCGAAUAUAUCAGUCCCUAAACCCGGAACCCUAGCCAAAAGCGGAAUCAGAGACCCUCCAUGGUUUACUUUGCCCGAAUCAGUGACUUACCUGCCAGUCCGUGCUGGGGCCCUUAACACUAUCCGUAUUCACUGUCUGCCGUGCCACAGACUGCCUAUGUACUUGUUCUUAAUUUUCCAGUCCCUUAACUGUUUUAACUGAUUUUUAUUUGUUUAACCAGUUAUUUUUACCACACAUAAAAGGGAUGAAUGGUUGGGUGAUGAUGUUUGGAGAAGGGGGAGUGAUGUGUGGGGACAUCUGAAAGUUAGUCCAAUAGAGGGCCCACUGGGGCACAUUUGGUAUUUUUUUAUAUACCCUUAUAUAUACCCCAGAAACAGAGGCCUGUUCCCUCUAUCAGUGAGAUGACUUAAUGGGGAGGCUGUAUAGCGAAUGCUUGAUAGAGUGGAUGCCCCUGUGAGUGUGCAGAAGUGCAUAGCAAAAAGAAGGAAAACAUUUUGUACUGUUAUAGGCCCCUUGAGGAGUUACAUAUUGUUUUGUUGACAUUGCUCUCAUAUCCUCUGUUUGGAUUUCUGUCUUACUGAAAAUUUGAAAUCCAUGUAAACAUAUCAUUACUUGUUCUAACUUGAUGUUACCACAUCAAAAAUAAAGAAUUUCAAAAAUAAAAAAAUAAGUAAAUAUAUUGUAAAGAUAAAUUGUAAUAACCCCAGUGAUUACAUUGCACUAUUUUCCAAUCUGUUUUUCUUCAUUUUACAUUUUCAGAUCCAUCCUCACAAAAGACACUUUUUCGAAGGCACUUACCUAGCACUGCAAGAGGUUAUCUCACACGUGAAGAUUACUAUGACGCCAGAUGGUGGUGUGAGCCGAGUUCGGCUUUGGGGUUUUCCCCGAACUUUUGACAUGUAACUGUUUAUUGAGCAUUCAACAAUAGUGAAGUCCUCUAGAUAGUUUAUUCAUUAUUCACAGUCAACAUUUCUAUAAUUUUAUAUAGUGAUAUGCUGUCAAUUCUUCUUCCUUAAUACCUUGUGAAAUGCUUCUCUAGAAUGUUUUAAUACAAGUUUUUCUUCUCUCCACUUCUUUCAAUCAACCUGGGACAUUACCUGGAUUGGUUUCUAGAGGUCUGUUGAGAGUGGGUAUUCAUAAUCCUAUAGAUUCUAUAACUAAUGACAUACCAGAAAGCUAGAUUUCUAACAUAUGAAAAUAAUUACUAAAGUAAAAAAUAGGAACAACAACACAUAUGAUAAUAAUGAUUAUAUUUACAUAAAAUAUUUCAUGAUAAUUUUAGCAGUAAUAUUCAUUGACCUUAUUAACACAGAAUGUUCACAAAUUCUAUGUUAUUUAUAGAAAUCUAAUCUGAAAAAAUUACAAAACAACAAAUUACUUUUUUAUACCAGCUGGCAAAGGACAAAAUAAUUGCUGACAUAAAUGAUGGUGGGCUAGAGAUCAAAGGGGCCACAGUAAGUGUUAAAAGCUGAAAUGCAUGACCCUCUCUACCAAUCAAUAGGGGACCCGUCUGAAAGUCUCUCUAACCUGUAGACUCAUGUACAGCAGGUGUGCUCCCCCUCCCAUAUAUUGACAUAUAUAAUAUUAUAUUGCCCCUCCUUUAUAAAUGUAAUACCAAGGAAAAGUACUAUUUGCAUACACUGUGCUACAUCACAAGAUGCAUUUGUAACAGGCACAAAAAUGUAACAAAGGCAAAAAAAUUAAAACCAAAUAAUGGACUAGUUUCAAAAAUUAUUUUGCUAGCAAUUUUGAGAGCUCAGCAUAUGGAUCAAGAUUGUUAUUCUCUUUGAGUGUCAUCUAAGCCGCAGGCUCUAGAGGUGAGAUUUUAAAACAUUAAUGUUCCAUAUAAGUGCUUUUUAAUUAUCAUACAUAAUUCCUUGACCAAUUGUUUGUAACUAGUGGCAUGUACUUACAACCAAAGGCACCAGAAGAAUGUAUACUGUAAAUAGAUUGUAAGAUCGUUUGAGCAGGGCCAUCAUCUACCUAUUGUUCCCGUGCCACUCUGUAAUUGUCUCAUUAAUUGUACAUUUUCCCCCCUUUCAUAAUAUUGUAAAGUGCUGCGGAAUUAGUUGGCGCUAUAUAAAUACCAAUAAUAAUAAUAAUAUUAUCAAUUUCUGGUUAUGUAGAGCUUGAUGUAAUAUGAUUACUUUCCACUAGGUGGCUCCAAAUACAAACAUACUCUACCUUCCACAACAAAGUAUGAUGUAAUUUGUCAUGCAAUUAAGAACAAUAUAUUAUGCAAAAUAAUUAUGCCAAACUCCUGCAUUGUCCUGGCACUUCACCGGUUAAACAUCUGAUUAAGCCUGGGGACAUUCUGUUUUGAUAUGUUCUGUUUAGCAAAGUCUGAUACAUGGACAAAAUAAUGUGUCAUAUUUUCAAAUGUGUCACUCUUCUGUGAUUUUUUUUGUACCGUAAGUCUGAACUUUAAGAAUGGGUUUGUGAUAAUGUUAACUAAUCACCUACUUAUAAUAAACUGUUUAUUAGUUAACUAAUGCUCCAUCCAUUAAGAAUGGACUUCUUCCAUAUGUUAUUAUAAAAGAAAAUUAUAUUAAAUAGAUUGGUAAAAUGAUUUUAAAUAUUAAUAUGGCACAUAAAACUACCUUCUGUAAAAAGAAAAAGUAAUUUUUUUUCAUAAAAAUCAUCAGUUGCAAGCACUUAUUUAGUUACUAGCUUUUUUUCUCUAUUAGUUGAGUUACUUUUAUCACAUGCACUAAAAUAAAAAAACACAAUAGCAUCCAGGCGCUGAUUGGAUUGCAUUUUUCAUAGCUUACUUUUAAUGAUAAAGAAAAAGUACAUAUAGUCAGGUUCAGCUCAUAAGGGGUCUCCGUAGGUCAAUGGGACCCCAGAGGUACUUUUAAGAGGGCAUCAUUUUAGACAUUAAGGGACAGGAGAUUCAGCUGCAAAUAUUCCCCAAAAAUAAGUAUGCAUGUGUGUAUACCUCUAUGAAUUAGUGAGUGUUUGUGUGUGUGCCUGUAUUUGUGUGUCUUUGCAUUUUAUAUAUGUGUGUAGAUAAUUCUGUAUGUUUACAUGUGAAGUGUAGAUUGUUUAUGUGUGAAAAGUUAGGGUGAGGGUAUGUGAGGUGGUAUUUGGUGUGUAUGUACAAAAGUGGGAGCAGCAAAAUGUCUUGUGCCAGCCCUGUAUGUAAAACUAUGAAACCUUACAGAGAUAGCAACCUUGUAAGGUUUUUCAGGAGUAGGAAUAAGGGUUUUUGGUUUAACCCCUUAAGGACCAAACUUCUGGAAUAAAAGGGAAUCAUGACAUGUCACACAUUUCAUGUGUCCUUAAGUGGUUAAAUAUAAUUGUCUUUUUAUUCUAGAAAGGUUUCUACUUUCUAUUUCCAAUAAAACAUACAAACAUUGCGUAUUAGCCAAUUACUUUUAUGACAUUACUUUUAGAAUAACUAAAUACCAG